AUGGUCCUAUCAACGGUUUUUUAUUUACCAAAGCUUGACCAAAAGUAUUCGUGUGAGUACAAAGAGAUACCUGAACCAGUCAUCUUCCCUGGGUGUACUGUUCCACUUCAUGGUAUAGAUUUUCCAGACCCGUUUCAUUGUAGAAAAAGUGCUGUUUACAAAGAAUUUGUAAACUGGAGCGGACGCUACUUACUAGCAACGGGGAUUAUAGUCAAUAGCUUCUUCGAGUUGGAGACGAAGACGUUUAAGGCAUUGAUAGAAGAAGAACCAGAUGUUCCUCCCAUUUAUCCAGUUGGACCAAUAGUACGCACCGGUUCGAGCAAUGAGGUUGAUGGGUCUGGGUGCUUGAAAUGGUUAGGAGAACAACCGAGCGAAUCGGUGCUUUUCGUGUGUUUCGGCAGUGGUGGCACGCUAACUCAAAAGCAACUCACUGAGUUAGCGUUAGGACUAGAAAUGAGCGAGCAGAGAUUCAUCUGGGUCGUUCGGAAUCCCAACGAAAAAGCUAAACACGGUAGCUAUUUCAUCGACGACGAUGAAGAUGGAGUAGAUUUCCAUUUCCUGCCUGAUGGGUUCGUGGAGAGGACCAAAGGAUCGGGUCUAGUGGUGUCAUCGUGGGCUCCCCAGGUUGAAAUACUGAGUCAUGGCUCAACCGGUGGAUUCUUGACACACUGCGGAUGGAACUCGACACUGGAGAGCAUUGUUAAUGGCGUCCCGUUGAUUGCAUGGCCGUUGUACGCAGAGCAGAGGAUGAAUGCAGUGCUGCCGGCAGAUGAUUUGAAGGUAGCAUUUCGAGUUAGAGAGAACGAAGAAGGUAUAGUGGUGCGUGAGGAUAUUUCAAGAUACGCGAGAGAAAUAAUGGAAGGAGAAGAAGGGAAAAUGGUUAGGAGGAAGAUGAGAGAAUUCAAGGAUUCAGCGCUAAAGGCUUUGAGCAAAGAUGGAUCAUCCACCAAGUCUCUUGCCAAAGUUGUAGAGACCUGGAAGAAGCUGGAACAGUAG